AUGGCUAGAAAAAACAAGAAAACUAAAAAUAAGAGAGAAGCGGGAACAAAAAUGGGUAAGAAUAAUGUCAAGGAAACGCCGUCCAAGACGACAACGACGACGGUGACGCCGGAUAGGAAACAAGUCGGGAAAGUUAAAAAUGAAGCUCCCAAGAACAAGCAGGAAAUCACAUAUCGAAAUCGAAAUAUCAACAAUAACCAAAAACCUCAGAAUACACUCAAAACGAGUAAGCAAAAUCAAGCUAACAAAAAUGUUCCCAAGUCUCAACAAAAUCAGAACCCACCCAAAAAGAGUGGGCCAUCAAUUCAACAAAAUCCAGUGAACAGAAAUGGACCUUCUCAAAAUAGGAAACCGGUGCAAUCACCAGCGAUACCCAGGAAAACGCCGCAGAGUCGUGUUCAAGCAAAACAAAACGGUUUGCAAACUGAAGGAAUUUCAAAGAGCAGUCCAAGCUUGGAAGGGAGAGCAAUUCAAAACCUCGGAGAUAUUUUAAAGACAUCUCAAUCUUCUCAUCAAACAAAUACGCGGAUUGAUCAGAAAGAAAAAUUUAUAAAAGCAAUCACGAACAAUCCAAAAGUAGGCGGUUUGGCAUUCAACACAACAACUGGAGAACCUAUGACUACUACGAUUAGUUCCAGUAUAGGAGAAAACUUGAAGAAUUUCGUUUUAAACAACCAACAAUCUGUCAUAUUAGCGGUAGUUUUUGUGUUCUUAAUGGGAUGUCUUUGUAUAGGGCUGACAAGAUUCCGAUCUUGGAUUAGAUGGAAGUUGUUUGGAAGAAAGCGAGAACAGAUACCGUUGUUGAGUAAUCCUGUUCCACCCAUAAUUCAAGGUCGGAACAGCCUUGAUGAUGUCCUGGCAGGUUUGAGAGAAUCCAGUAUAGUUGAAAAUAAUGAGUCACAAAGAAAAUGGAGCAAAACUGUAGAAGAUGAUCUCAAGGAGUACGAAGAGAGUCUUAAAAUACACACUGAAGCAGACGUGGAAGAAAAUGCUAGGAUAAAUGAGGAAAUGAGAAAACUCAGGGCAGAAAUGAAGAAAAUUGAAUCCAAUAUUGCCAAAAUGAAGGAAAAACACGAAAGUGCAAGUUCAAGUUUAUCUGGAGUUUUUGGAGAGGCUGAUAGGAGACAAGAGGAAUUCCAAAGACAAUUGGACGAGCAGAACAGGAUUUUUGAAGAACAAUUGAAGAAAAUGAAAGAGGAAAGAGCAAAGAAGGAGAAAGCGGCAGAAGAAGAACUGAACAGAAUGCGUUAUGAGACUCAUCAAAGUAUUGCGGCAUUCUUAGCGUGUAUUCAACUUCGGCUCAGAUUUGAAGAAAAGGAAGAUGAGUGGUCCACUUCUUUGAAAAAAUUAAGGCAACCUUUGAUCUCGUUGAAAACUGCUUACUACGAUUUGCAAAAUGAGAUGAAUUACUUUGAUCCCAACGACGAGUUCUCCAAUCUCCAAAGUGAAUGUCGUUUCUUCUCCAAGAAAAUUGAGGAUGCUCAAAACAUGCUGAUUGUGGUUUUUAAUAACUUGGAUCAAAUGUCAUUAAACUUUGCAGAUAGAAUAUUCAUACGAAUGAUUAUGAAAGCAUGCAGUGAGCAAGGAGCCAUUUGUCAUUCUAUUGGAGUCACUCUAGUGGAGUUUUUGAAAUCUGAAAAUCCCACCUUUCACAUGAAAGUUCUAGAUCAAGUCGUGAACCGACUGGAUCCCCAUUCUAUCCCGACUACUGAUAUGCUGAAAAGAAAUGCUCCAUUCGCAAAGGAUUCAGAAUACGUUCAAAUUCAAAAAAUACCUCAGCCAGACGCGUGGCUCCGAUAUAUGAACUGA